AUUUUCAGACCCUUGCCUCCCACUGCAGAUUCCUCAACGCCCCGGUAAUUGCCUUUCUCGGCCUCCAUAAGUACCCCCUACUCCUUCUCGCUUUCCAUUCGCCCCAACCCAACCAAAUCUUCUCUCUCUCUCUGUCCUUCUUCUUUCUCUCGCAAUGGCCUUCAUGAAUGCUCUCUGCAUUGCUUCUCUACUGUCCCUUUUCAUGGCGGCUACUGCUAGAAUCCCUGGUAUUUACUCCGGAGGAACAUGGGAGGACGCCCAUGCUACUUUCUAUGGCGGCAGCGACGCCUCUGGAACUAUGGGUGGUGCUUGUGGAUACGGAAACCUUUACAGCCAAGGCUACGGAGUGAACACAGCGGCGCUCAGCACUGCUUUGUUCAACAAUGGCCUCAGCUGUGGAGCUUGCUUCGAGAUCAAGUGCGUGAACGACAAUAAAUGGUGCAAACCAGGAAACCCCUCCAUUCUCGUCACUGCCACUAACUUUUGCCCACCAAAUUAUGCUCUGCCGAGCGACAAUGGCGGCUGGUGCAAUCCUCCUCGAACCCACUUCGACCUCGCCAUGCCCAUGUUCCUCCAAAUCGCCGAGUACAAGGCAGGAAUUGUUCCCGUCUCUUUCCGCCGUGUGCCAUGCAGAAAGAAGGGAGGGAUCAGAUUCACGAUCAACGGCUUCCGUUACUUCAACUUGGUUUUGGUAACCAACGUUGCGGGUGCAGGGGACAUCGUGUCCGUCUCGAUCAAAGGAUCAAAGACCGGUUGGAUGAGGAUGAGCCGAAACUGGGGCCAGAACUGGCAGUCCAAUGCAGUGUUAGUGGGCCAGGCUCUUUCCUUCAGGGUCAGGGCAAGUGACAGGCGUCAAUCCACUUCAUGGAACGUGGCUCCAGCUAAUUGGCAGUUCGGUCAAACUUACUCCGGAAAGAAUUUCCGAGUCUGAAAAAAAAAAAAAAAAAAGAGUUGUUGCUUUUUUUUAAUAUAUAUAUAUAAUUUUCUUAUUUUUAACUUUCAAGUGUUUCCCGCCUUCAAAUUUUCCUUUAUUUUCCCGGGAAAAAUUUGAGGUGGUGGGAGUAAAAGUUAAUAGUUGGGUUUUUAAUGGGUCUUUUGUGGGUAGGAUUUGACGGGAAAGAGAGUGAACAAUUAUGGUAGGCAGGAAAAGUUCACCACUUUGGUGACUUUUUUACUUUUUCCUUUUUUUAAAUGACUUUGGAGGUGUGUUUUUGUUUAAGUAGGGGCUGGUGAAAUUUCCCAAACCAGCCUUGGAAAAAACUUGUAGGAGCUGAAGCGGCUGUGCAAGAAGAGCAUGUAGCCCGCAGCUCUCUUUGAUAUAUAAUUUAUAAUAUAAGUUUUCGUUGUUAUGUUUUUAA